AUAUACCACAUUCCCUGGAUCUCCGCACCCAUGCGGACUGUUUUGGCAAUAUGGCAGCAGCUGACCAAAGCCGAGAUCCCAGAAUUGGCCAAGUGCUCCGUGCUGAUGAAGGAACGCCGCAGGGUGGAGGACACCCUCCACACCAUGCAGCAGUCUGGUGCUGGCGCCCUGCAGGUAAUCUCAGACUUUGACAUGACACUUACCAGAUUUGCUCAUAACGGCAAGAGAGUGGCCACCACGCACAAUAUCCUUGAUAAUCGGUUGUUGAUAAAUGAAGACUGCACUAAAAAGAUGAAGGAGCUGCUGAACACCUAUUACCCCAUAGAGAUCGAUGCGAGCCGCAGCGCUGAGGAGAAGCUGCCUCUCAUGGUGGAGUGGUGGACUAAAGUCCAUGAUCUGCUGAUUCAGCAGAGGAUCAGAAAAGACUUUCUGGCUCAAGCUGUGAAGGAAUCAAGCGCCAUGCUAAGGGACGGCCACAAAGUGUUUUUUGACCAGCUGGCCGAGCAUCAGGUUCCCCUGCUGAUCUUCUCCGCCGGCAUCGGCGAUGUGCUGGAGGAAGUGAUCCGGCAGAACGACGUCUUCCAUCCCAACGUCCACAUAAUCUCCAACUACAUGGACUUUGACCACACGGGGGUCCUGCGGGCCUUCAAAGGCCAGCUGAUCCACACCUACAACAAAAGGGAGGGGGCUCUGUCUCAGGCGGCCGGCCUCAAACAGCUGCAGGGUCGCCCCAACAUUCUGCUGCUGGGGGACUCUCUGGGAGACCUGACCAUGGCCGAUGGAGUCCCAGAGCCGCAGAACAUCCUCACUGUCGGCUUCCUCAACGACAAGGUGGAGGAGAGAAAAGAGUCCUACUUCAACUCAUUCGACAUCGUGCUGGUGAAGGACGAGACAAUGGACAUUCCAAACGCCAUCCUCAGAUUCAUCACCUCACUGAGAGAUAAGUAGGACU